UCUCCAAUCAAAUCAAAGAUGCAUCACGCUUUUUAAGAAACUGACCUAAAACCUCGCCGUCUAUUGAGAGUCUGCACGCUUUGACCCUUCCGCUUUCAAAAAAUUUUCAACACACAAAAUUGGUUUUAACAAUUAAACACAAUCUAAAGCGGUGUUGGUAGCAGCCGCUGCACGGUUUCGUGGCUGAUCCUCUCUUCUCUCAAAUCUUUGUUGCUGUGGUUGAUUGCCCUUCUAUCAAGAUGGCUGGACCUGCACCAUUCGUAGAUCUGGGGAAAAAAGCCAAAGACCUCCUGACAAAAGAUUACAACUUUGACCAGAAGUUUACUCUUUCAAUGCUGAGCACCACGGGAAUGGGACUUACAGCCACAGGACUCAAGAAGGACCAAAAUUUUUUUGGUGACAUAAAUACUGUGUAUAAGAGUGGAAAUACUACUGUGGAUAUGAAAGUUGAUACCUAUUCUAAUGUGUCUACAAAAGUGACUGUCAAUGAUGUCUGGCCAUGUUCCAAAGCUGCUCUAAGUUUCAGGAUACCUGAUCACAAGUCUGGCAAGUUGGAUGUCCAAUAUCUUCAUCCUCAUGCUGCCAUUGAUUCUAGCAUUGGCCUGAAUCCAACUCCCCUAUUGGAGCUUUCAGCAACAAUUGGCAGCAAGGAGCUUGCUUUGGGUGGUGAAAUUGGAUUUGAUACAGCUUCUGCUUCUUUUACCGAGUACACUGCUGGGAUCAACUUGAACAAGCCAGAUUUCUCUGUUGCUCUUUUGCUGACUGAUAAAGGUCAGGCAUUGAAGGCAUCUUAUAUCCAUUCUGUCAACCCCUUCACUUGUGUUGCCGCUGAAAUGGCUCAUAGAUUUUCCACCUACGAAAACACUUUCACCAUUGGAAGUUCUCAUGCUGUGGAUCCUUUUACCGUGGUAAAAACACGGUUCUCUGACAAUGGAAAGGUUGCAAUGCUGUGCCAACGUGAAUGGAGGCCCAAGUCACUUGUAACAUUUUCGGCAGAGUAUGAUUCAAAGGCCAUAAAUGCAUCCCCUAAGAUGGGGCUUGCCCUUGCUCUCAAGCCUUGACGGGAAGGUCUCAUUUUGGAUUCCGUAUUUUUAAAUUUUGAUUUGACCUUUUCCCCGAACCCUUGGGAGAGUUGUUAUUCACCCAGAUUAUUUUGUAUCGAAAGAUUAUAAAAGAAAAUUGUUCAGAUACUGAGUUGAUGAAUGUUUUCACCAGAACAAUGGUGGGAGAAUUGAACCCAAAUUUGCCAAAAUUUUAUGAGGAUAACAGCACAGCAGUUUUUGUUGCUGAAUGCUUCUAAUGUUCAUGUCGUAUGAUAGUAGGGGGUGUUUCCCCUAAUGUUGUAUUGAACAUCCCAGAUUUGUGGUCAACAAUGCCUUAUUGAAGUAACUGCCUUUUUCUUUACA